AUGACCCAGGUAACUGAAACAUACCCGCACCGCUACAACGACCCCAGGCCGUCUCACGCUGACCUCCCCUCAGUCUCCGCCCCUCCGUUGCCGAGGGAGGAACUUGAUGAACUCCGUUUCUCUGACGACGACAGCCGGUCAUUCGGCACCCGAGAACAAUUGCCUAGCUCUGACGACGCCUCCUGUCAGCCGGCCAGUCAGUCAAAGAGAGUCAUAGAGGGGGCGGGUCAGGAGAGGGUGUCUACACCAAUCAGAGAGCGGGAGGAAGGAGGGGCCGCCCCUGCAGGGCACACACAUUCAUCACACGCACAGACCCCGCCUCCUGUCCACAGGAAGGCCCACAGGAAGACGAACAGGAGGAAAACCAGCGAGUCCUUGUCCCCCUCACCGCCCCACAGGGAUUCAGGUCCUGGUCCCCAACCCUCCUCAGAGCUGAGGCCCUCCCUGACUCCUGGUCUUGACCCCGGAACCUGUCAACCAUCAGAGCUCAGGCCCUCCCUUACUCCUGGUCUUGGCCACAGAACUUGUCCCCCGUUAGAGCUGAGCCCCUCCCUGAGUCCGGGUCCACACCCUGGAAAAUGCCCCCCAUCAGAGCUAAGGCCUUGGCUGAGCUGGCAGAAGGAGAGGAGAGAGGCUCAUAAAGAGGAGGCCUUCUCCUCAGACCACAGUGACCCCCUGGACCAGACUAUCGAGGAG